GCUUCGCGCGCCAAGAGGAUCGGCGACAGCGAGCACGCCUGCAGGAAGGGCCAGAUCGCGGACGCCUACAAGGCAGCGGCAGCAACGGUCGGUGCCACGUCGAAGCGGGGCAAGGAUAAGGAUGGGGACGUCAGCAGGGAGUUCAACCUGAAGAUGCCGAAGAGGAAGAAGACGCUGGCCGCAGAACUGGCCAGCAGCCCGGACAGCCCAACGACCGACUGGUUGGGCGCGAUCGCGGGCCCGCUCGGCAGCUCCAACGCCAAGGGCAGCGGGUCCGCAGCGGCCGGAGCCAAGCGGGGCCAGCCUCAGGGAGGGCGCAACUUCGACAGCGCCGAUUCCGACUCUGCCUCUGAGGGCGCCAACGGCGCGGCGGCGGUCUCCAAGCCCAGCAGGAAGAGGCCCCGCACGGGGGGUGGCCGCGGCAACGGCAACGGCGGCGGCAACGGCGCCGGCGCUGACGCUAACGGCAUCGGCGGCAGGGCCAGCAGGAAGAAGACCGCCGCCGGGGGGGGCAAGGAGAGCAAGCAGGCCGUUCAGCAGGCCAAGGAGAUCCAGUCCAGCGAGUCCGUGAACUUGGGCGCCAACCACGUGCUCCAGAUGGCGGCCUCUCCCGCAGGGCUCAAGAAUAUUACAUCGGCGCAGAUUGCAACGCAUCUGAAGAAGCUGGAAAAGCGUGUGCAGCCUUCCAUGACCAUGGCCCUGACGUCUAUCGGCGAUGCCAUCGACGACGUUGCCAGUGGCAGCUCGGCCCUGGAGGACUCGCCGGAGUGCAUCACCAAGUUGAAGGCGCUGGGCGAAGUCGUGAAGUGCCUCGCCGCGACGACUGGCUCGGCGGAGCACCUCGAAGAGUGCCUGGAUGCUUGCAAGGCCGCGGGCGUACAAGUGUCUACAUCAGCUUUCCACUCCGUCUUGAAGAAGUCCCUGGCCCAGGACAUCGAGCAGAACGACCUCGCUGCUUGGGCUCUCAAGCUGGACAUUGGCGAUCGGGAGAACCUCCCGAAGCACGGGAUCUCCUGCCUCAAACCGCACCUCGGCGAGCCAGAGCUUCACAAGAAACAGGAGCACGCCAUCAUGAGCCAGCUGAUGGACGAGUUGAGGGUCCUUGAAGCGACGCCUGAGGGCAUGGACAGAAUCGACCAGUACCUCGGUUUCCUGCAGACUAUCACGAUAGGCUGUGCGGAGCUGAAGCGCGACCUCAAUGACCUCCGGGGUCUCGUGCAGUACGAGUCCGUCACCGACGACGCCAAGCUGACCGAGAUCAAGACCAGGGCAACCGACCAGGAGAGCCGAUUCGGCAAGGCGCUGAAGCUAUUCCCUCUGGCGAUUAUGAUCCUUGAGCGCGUGAGAGCCAGCAUGGACCAGAAGGUCGCCGACAAGGCUAUGCAGGUCAACGUGAUGGAGGCGGUCAAGACGUGGGUGACGCACUCUCGCCUGCUGGCGAAGAUAUCUGCCACGGCGUCUAAACAGUUCCACGAGCUCAGCAAGGAUGCGUUGACGAGGAUCACCGACCAGCAGUCCAUCUUCAAGAAGGUGAUGGUCGCGGCCAAGUCGACCCUCUACUGGUCGGCCGUCCAGGCCUCGCUGAAGCACGUCCACCACGCAGCGCGCGCUGGCGAGCUCCCCGCAAGCGCUCCGUCGAUCGCCGAGUUGGCCAAAUCCUUCGAGAACGCCGCGGUGAACCGCGGGCUCUCUCUCGGCCUCGACGGCGUUUUCGCCGAGCAGGAGAUCAAGGACUGGGACUUGCGCGUCCAGCAGCGCCGGGCGCUAUCCAAGGGCCUUGCCAACUUCGUGAAGGAGAAGCUGGUUGGCGGCAGGUUCGUUCCCGACGUGAGGGGCAAGAUCGCGCUGCUGCUCGUCAACGCUACCCUGGCGAAGAUGCCGACCGAGCUCCCGCAGGAGAUCCCGAGUGAUGCUGACAACGCGUUCUGGGAGUGCUACAACCUGUUCUUUGCUGGGAUGAGCGCUGACGCGAUGAAGCGCUGGGGGGCGGCGGCCUGCGAUCUGAAGUUAGCGCUGAAGAGUUCCCUGAAGGCGAAGUUCUUCGAGCAGCUCGACGCGCGCGUGGGCGGCAAGUACCAUGGCAUCUACGCAGCCCUUGCGAAGGCGGUUUCCAAUGGCAAGUUCGAGGUCGGCAGCGCGAUUGGAACGUUCGCCAGCGGCGUGGUGGAUGAUAUGAAGGAUGUGAAUCUGAACGGGGUCACCGAGGACACGGCCUUCUUGGGGGGCUUCCUGUCCGACCAGGCGGAGGGGGCCCUGGCGGAUCGCAAGGUCAAGGUGGGCGAGCUCGAGGUGGAUGCGCGUUGGGUCUGCCUGGGGUUCGGGCCGCUGGCAUCGAUGUUCCUGGCGGAUCGGCCCCUUGAGCUGGCGGACUUCUCGGAGGCCACCACUUUCGGCGAGGGCACCGCGAUCAACGACUCCAUCGCGGGUAACGCGAAGAACCUCAAGAUGUAUCUGGAGGCUUUGACUGCCGCCAACCUGAAGGCGAAGUCCGGGGCAGAGCAGCGUUGGCAUUGCUCCGGGGCCGAGCAGGACACCUUCAUUCAGAUGUGGCAGACGUUCUUCGAGAAGGAAUCCGAGGUCGUGAAGCGCGCCGAAGCCGCGGGCGCGCAGAAGGCCACUGAGCUGCUGACGAAUCUUGUCACCGCCAUGCACGCGGAGGCGACCGAGGCCGAUCUCGACGGGGUGGCGGACAAGAUGUUGGCCGGAGCCACCGAGAUCCCAGCCGACCAGCUCAAGGGAUUGUUGAAGCUCGACUCUGCGAAGGAGCUGUUGAAGUCCUGGAAGGUGUACAGGGCCAACGUCAGUUUGACCGCAGCUCUUCAGGCCCACGGAG